UGGCCGCCCCAUAGCGCCGGGGCGGGACGCGCUCCGUGCGGAGCUUUGGGGAGAUCAUGUCGCUGCUGUGCGUCGGAGUUAAAAAGGCCAAAUUUGACGGACCUCAAGAGAAGUUCAAUACCUAUGUGACGCUGAAGGUGCAGAAUGUCAAAAGUACCACCAUCGCAGUGCGGGGCAACCUGCCUGCCUGGGAGCAGGACUUCAUGUUUGAGAUCAACCGCCUGGACCUGGGCCUGACUGUGGAGGUGUGGAACAAGGGCCUGAUUUGGGACACCAUGGUGGGGACGGUGUGGAUCCCAUUGCGCACCAUCCGGCAGUCCAACGAGGAGGGCCCUGGGGAAUGGCUGACCCUCGACUCGCAGGUCAUCAUGACUGACAAUGAGAUUUCAGGCACUAAGGACCCCACCUUCCACCGCAUCCUCCUGGACACCCGCUUUGAGCUGCCGUUGGACAUCCCCGAGGAGGAGGCGAGGUAUUGGGCAAAGAAGCUGGAGCAGCUCAACGCCAUGCGGGACCAGGAUGAUUACGCCUUCCAGGAGGAGCAGGAGAAGCCACUGCCCGUGCACGGCUCCCAGUGCUGCAACUGGAACUAUUUCGGCUGGGGGGAGCAGCAGAACGAUGAUCCCGACAGCACGGUGGAUGACCGGGAUAGUGAUUACCGCAGCGAGACCAGCAACAGCAUCCCCCCACCCUACUACACCACCUCGCAGCCCAACGCCUCGGUGCACCAAUACCCCAUGAGGCACCAGCAGCAGAGCUCCCGCGACUCCUACACCGACUCCAUGCAGAGCUACGAGAUGGACUACUCAGACCAGCGGCCCAUCAGCCCCACAGGGAGCAGCCGCUACGCCUCGUCUGCCGAGUUGAGCCAAGGCAGCUCCCAGCUGAGCGAGGACUUCGAGAAUGAGAGCCUGAGGGACUCAGAGCUGGACGAGCGGGACGGCGACUCCUACCACUCCUGCCACAGCUCCGUCAGCUACCGCAAGGAUUCGCCACGCUGGGAGGAGGAUGAGGACGAUGACCUCUACCUGGAGGAGGAGGAGGAGGAGGAAGAGUUCAAUGAGGACUACAGUGAGAAUGAGGAGGGCUACCCCAAGGAGGAAGAGGAGGAGGAGGAGGAGGAAGAGCUGCGGGAGCCGGGUGCCUACGAAGCCCCCGAGCGUGACGCCUAUCCCACGCCACAGAAGCCACAGCAGCAGCAGCAGGUCCCACAGGUGAAGCCACAGCAGCAGGAAAGGAAAGAGGAGAGGAAAGAGGAGAGGAAGGAAGAGAGGAAGGAGGAGAGGAAGGAGGAGCAGGAUACAUCUGCCCCACAGGAGGCCCCAGAGGUGCAGAAAGAUGAAGCUCCCGUGCAGGAGCCGGCACCCGAACCCGAGCCCCCAAAACAGGAUGAGAGGGAGCCAGUGGAAGCGGAGGUGCAGGACCCCAAAGCACGAGCCAAAGCCAACUGGCUGCGAGCCUUCAACAAGGUCUGCCUGCAGCUACAGGAGGCUCGUGGGGAAGGUGAUGGAGAAGCAAAAUCGCUUUGGUUCAAAGGCGGGCCUGGCGGCGGGCUGAUCAUUAUAGACAGCAUGCCGGAUAUACGCAAGCGAAAACCCAUCCCUUUAGUUAGCGAUUUGGCAAUGUCCUUGGUCCAGUCCAGGAAAGCGGGAAUCACAUCCGCGUUGGCCUCCAGCACCUUGAACAAUGAGGAGCUGGUAGGUGCUGGGAGAAAACCAUGUUACAAGAAGACCCUGCAAGCCUUAGUGUACCCCAUCUCCUGCACCACACCCCACAACUUCGAGGUGUGGACGGCCACCACCCCCACCUACUGCUAUGAGUGUGAGGGGCUGCUGUGGGGCAUCGCCCGGCAGGGCAUGCGCUGCGCCGAGUGCGGGGUCAAGUGCCACGAGAAGUGCCAGGACCUGCUCAACGCUGACUGCCUGCAGAGGGCGGCGGAGAAGAGCUCCAAGCACGGAGCUGAGGAUCGCACGCAGAACAUCAUCAUGGUGCUGAAAGACCGCAUGAAGAUCCGCGAGCGCAACAAGCCGGAGAUCUUCGAGCUGAUCCAGGAGGUGUUUGGGGUCACCAAGACCACGCACACACAGCAGAUGAAGGCUGUGAAGCAGAGCGUCCUGGAUGGCACCUCCAAGUGGUCGGCCAAGAUCAGCAUCACGGUGGUUUGUGCCCAGGGCCUGCAAGCAAAGGAUAAGACGGGCUCCAGUGACCCCUAUGUGACCGUCCAGGUUGGAAAGACGAAAAAAAGGACUAAAACCAUCUAUGGCAAUCUCAACCCGGUCUGGGAGGAGAAUUUCCAUUUUGAGUGCCAUAACUCCUCCGACCGCAUCAAAGUCCGUGUCUGGGAUGAGGAUGAUGACAUCAAGUCCCGCGUCAAGCAGCGCUUCAAGAGGGAAUCUGACGACUUCCUGGGCCAAACCAUCAUCGAGGUGCGGACACUGAGCGGGGAGAUGGACGUCUGGUACAACCUGGACAAGCGGACGGACAAGUCGGCUGUGUCGGGAGCCAUCCGGCUGCACAUCAGCGUGGAGAUCAAGGGCGAGGAGAAGGUGGCCCCCUACCAUGUGCAGUACACGUGUCUGCACGAGAACCUUUUCCACUUCGUGACGGAUUUACAAAACAACGGUGUGGUGAAGAUCCCCGACGCCAAAGGGGACGACGCCUGGAAGGUUUACUUUGAUGAGACAGCACAGGAGAUCGUGGAUGAGUUUGCCAUGCGCUAUGGGGUGGAAUCCAUCUACCAGGCCAUGACGCACUUUGCUUGCCUUUCCUCCAAAUACAUGUGCCCGGGGGUGCCGGCAGUGAUGAGCACCCUCCUGGCCAACAUCAACGCUUACUAUGCCCACACCACGGCCUCCACCAACGUCUCUGCCUCCGACCGCUUUGCCGCUUCCAAUUUCGGGAAAGAACGCUUCGUCAAACUCCUCGACCAGCUGCACAACUCGCUGCGCAUCGACCUCUCCAUGUACCGGAACAACUUCCCUGCCAGCAGUCCUGAGCGGCUGCAGGACCUCAAGUCCACAGUGGACUUGCUGACCAGCAUCACCUUUUUCCGGAUGAAGGUCCAGGAGCUGCAGAGCCCACCCCGAGCCAGCCAGGUGGUGAAGGACUGCGUGAAGGCAUGUCUCAACUCCACCUACGAAUACAUCUUCAACAACUGCCACGAGCUCUACAGCCGCGAGUACCAGACCGACCCGAACAAGAAAGGUGAGGUGCCCCCUGAGGAACAGGGGCCCAGCAUCAAAAAUCUGGAUUUCUGGUCCAAGCUCAUCACCCUGAUUGUGUCCAUUAUUGAAGAGGACAAGAACUCCUACACGCCCUGCCUGAACCAGUUCCCCCAGGAGCUGAAUGUGGGGAAGAUCAGCGCCGAGGUGAUGUGGAACCUCUUUGCCCAGGACAUGAAGUACGCGAUGGAGGAGCACGACAAGCACCGCCUGUGCAAGAGCGCAGACUACAUGAACCUGCACUUCAAGGUGAAGUGGCUGUACAACGAGUACGUCACCGAGCUGCCCUCCUUCAAGAGCCGCGUCCCGGAGUACCCUGCAUGGUUUGAGCCCUUUGUUAUCCAAUGGUUGGAUGAGAACGAGGAGGUGUCACGGGAUUUCCUGCACGGAGCGUUGGAGCGCGACAAGAAGGACGGGUUCCAGCAGACGUCGGAGCACGCGCUCUUCUCCUGCUCCGUGGUGGACGUCUUCUCCCAGCUCAACCAGAGCUUUGAGAUCAUCAAGAAACUUGAGUGCCCCGACCCGCAGAUUGUCGGGCACUACAUGCGGAGGUUCGCCAAGACCAUCAGCAACGUGCUGCUGCAGUACGCCGAGAUCAUCUCCAAGGAUUUUGCCUCAUACUGCUCCAAGGAGAAGGAGAAAGUGCCCUGCAUCCUGAUGAACAAUAUCCAGCAGCUCCGCGUCCAGCUGGAGAAGAUGUUUGAGGCCAUGGGGGGGAAGGAGCUGGACACAGAAGCCAGUGACAUCCUAAAGGAGCUGCAGGUGAAGCUCAACAACGUCCUGGAUGAGCUGAGCCGAGUGUUUGCCACCAGCUUCCAGCCCCACAUCGAGGAAUGCGUUAAGCAGAUGGGGGACAUCCUGAGCCAGGUGAAGGGCACCGGCAAUGUCCCCGCCAGCACCUGCAGCAGCGUGGCACAGGAUGCUGACAACGUCCUGCAGCCCAUCAUGGACCUCCUGGACAGCAACCUGACGCUCUUCGCCAAGAUCUGCGAGAAGACCGUGCUGAAGCGCGUGCUGAAGGAGCUCUGGAAGCUGGUGAUGAACACCAUGGAGAAGACCAUCGUGCUGCCACCGCUCACCGACCAGACGAUGAUUGGCACGCUCUUGAGAAAACAUGGCAAAGGGACAGAGAAGAGCAGGGUGAAGCUGCCCAGUCACACUGAAGGCACGCAGAUGAUCUUCAACGCGGCCAAGGAGCUGGGGCAGCUCUCCAAGCUGAAGGACCACAUGGUGCGGGAGGAAGCCAAGAGCCUGACCCCCAAGCAGUGCGCGGUGGUGGAGUUGGCGUUGGACACCAUCAAGCAAUACUUCCACGCUGGCGGUGUGGGGCUGAAGAAGACCUUCCUGGAGAAGAGCCCCGACCUGCAGUCGCUGCGCUAUGCACUGUCCCUGUACACCCAAGCCACCGACCUGCUCAUCAAAACCUUUGUGCAGACGCAGACAUCACAAGGAUCCGGUGUGGAGGACCCAGUUGGGGAGGUGUCCAUCCACGUGGAGCUCUUCACCCAUCCCGGCACCGGCGAACACAAAGUCACCGUGAAAGUGGUGGCUGCCAAUGACCUGAAGUGGCAGACGUCGGGCAUCUUCCGGCCCUUCAUUGAGGUCAACAUCAUCGGCCCCCACCUGAGUGACAAGAAGAGGAAAUUUGCCACCAAGUCCAAGAACAACAGCUGGGCCCCCAAGUACAACGAGAGCUUCCAGUUCACACUGGGGACAGAGACGGGUCCCGAGUGCUACGAGCUGCAGGUGUGUGUGAAGGAUUACUGCUUCGCCCGCGAGGACCGCACGGUGGGCAUCGCCGUGCUGCAGCUGCGCGACCUCCUGCAGCGGGGGGGCUGCGCCUGUUGGCUGCCCCUCGGCCGCCGCAUCCACAUGGACGACACGGGGCUGACGGUGCUGCGCAUCCUGUCCCAGCGCAACAACGACGAGGUGGCCAAGGAGUUCGUCAAGCUCAAAUCCGACACGCGCUCGGCUGAGGAGGGCGGCACUUAAAUCACACCCCCCUUCACCCACCCCCCGCCUGCAGCCCCCACAGCGUCCCCCAGCCAUGUAUAAGCCAUAAGAGAGGCCACAACGGGCGGCUCCUGCCUAUGGGAGGGGGAUGUGGGUGCAGCGCCGGACCCUCCCCCCACACCCCAUUCCUCCUUUGGCUGUGAGAAAGCACAGAGCGUCGCCAUCCCACACCCACGGGGCUAUAGGGCUGCACCUCAAACUGGGCAACGGGGCAGAGCUGCCCCUUCCCCAGCGGAGAUGGAGGGAUCCCAAAGACCCCGCCUGGCCCCCCCGCCUCGUUGAGGGACGUAAGGAAAGCUCUGGGCUGGGGGGGCCCAGGUGAUGGCCCGUUGUCCCCAUCCCUUGUACAUAUGUAGAUAGAGCUGUACAUAAAUGGGGCAGCUGUGCCCCGCACCCCGAAGGGCUAUGGGGGCUGGGGACCCCCCCAGCUGGCGGCGGCGGCAUCACUGGGGCUGGAGGGCAGGGAGCAACCCCCAGCCCCAUUCCUGUCUUCCCUGCCCCGUGUCCCACCCUAGGUGCCAGGGUGGGGGUGAGGGGCACUCACAUCCCAUGGGCUGGGGGCACCCACCUCCACAGCAGCGCCCACGGGACCUCCUUGGCACAAGAAAAACUUUCCCACCCCCCUUCAAGCCCGAGGACCCCUCCCCUAUUCCCCAUUAACCACCAUUUGUGUGAUCAGUGGUGUGCGUGUCUGGAGGAGGGGGGCAGGAGCACAGGGUCCCACCCACAGCCAGAAGCCCCCCCCAGCUCAAUAUAUACCUCUCACCCCCCCCAACAGGGUACCCCACCCCGACUCUCCAUCUCCUUUCUAUAGGGUUUGCCUGGGACCAAAGGGUUUAGGUGUCCACUCUUUCUGUUCAAUGUUUACACCCCUUUUCUAACUGCUGCUCCCAAGGGGGCUCAGCCCUGCCCCCCCUGCCCCCCCAUGUGCCCCCUUCCUACCCCAUCCUGUUUGGCAUGUGAUGGACACCCCUCCCCCCCACACUCUGCUCCAUACCUGUGUGUCUGUACCUCCCCCCCAUAGCAGGGGCUCCCCUGGAUGCAUGACAGUGAGAUGUUUUGCACUAUUUUGACUUUUUUGGGCUCUGUAAAAAUAUUUUAUUAUAACUGACAUUAAAA